ACCAUCGGCGGCGGCGACCACUCGACCAAUACGUUUUUCAGUGAGACGGGUGGGGGCCGACACGUGGCGCGCGCUCUUUACGUGGAUUUGGAGUUCAGUGUUGUCGAUGAGGUCCGUACCGGCGCUUAUCGUAAACUCUUCCGCCCGGAACAGCUCAUCACCGGUAAGGAAGACGCGGCCAAUAUCUACGCUCGCGGUCACUACACUAUUGGCAAAGAGAUCGUGGAUAUGAUUUUGGACGGAAUCCGCAAACUGGCCGAUAAGUGCGAUGGUCUGCAGGGGUUCCUCAUUCAGCACUCAUUGGGUGGCGAAACAGGUUCUGGCUUUACAUCGCUUCUGAUGGAGCGCUUGUCUGCCGAUUACGACAAGAAGUCUAAGUUUGAGUUCGCUGUCCGUUCGGCCCCGAGAAUGGUCUGCCCUGUGGUCGAGCCGUACAACACUGUCCUCUAUACGCACGACACACUCGAGCACUCGGACUGCACUUUUAUUAUCGAAAACAAAGCCCUUUAUGACAUCUGUGGCCGCGAUCUGGACAUCGAGAGACCCACUUAUACUAACCUGAAUCGCCUCAUCGGACAAAUCGUGUCCAGUAUUACCGCUUCGCUGGGUUUAGACGGCGAUUACUUUGGCACCCAUUUGGCUAACAUCGCCGCCCGUUUGGCUCCCUAUCCGCGCAUUCACUUCCCGCUCGUGUCAUACUCUCCGGUCAUCGCCGCCGCGAAUGCACAACACAAGCAGUUGACUGUCUCUGAGAUCACCGACUCUUGCUUUGAGCCCUCGAACCAAAUGGUGAAAUGCAAUCCAAGACACGACAAGUAUAUGGCCUGUUGUCUCCUCUACAGAGGCGAUGUCGUGCCCACAGACUAUGUUAUUAAACCUCAACCGCCGACUGUAGUCCCGGGCGAAGACGUGGCUAAAGCGCAGCGCUCGGUGUGUAUGCUGUCCAACACGCCGGCCAUCGCCGACGCGUGGGCUCGAGUCGACCACAAGUUUGAUCUGAUGUACGCGAGUCGGGCGUACGUUCACUACUAUACCGGUGCGGGUAUGGAAGUGGAGGACUUUGUGUCGGCCCGCGAAGACUUGGCCCGACUCGAGAGUAACUACGAGUUUGUGGCGAACCUCUGA